UCAAUCAGGCCCAGAUCGUCAUAUCUACUUGUUGAUCAAUAAUAUUGACGGACCUAUGCUGCGUGGGGAGAAGACCCAGAGUGCACUGGGGCAGCUGGCGUCCCUGCCCAACGUUCACCUGGUGGCUACUAUCGACCACAUCAAUGCUCCUCUUGUGUGGGACCAGUUCAAGCAGAGCCAGUUCAACUGGCUGUGGUGGGAGUGUGUGACGUUCCAGCACUACGCCGAGGAGACAUCCUAUGAGAACUCUCUUCUGGUUCAGCAAACGGGUGCCCUGGCCCUGUCCUCCCUUACACAUGUGCUCCGCAGCUUGACGCCGAACGCAAGAGGUAUUUUCAAACUACUGGUUGAAUUUCAGCUGGAGAACAAAGACAACCCUUCAUACACAGGGUUGUCAUUCCAAGACUUCUACCAGCGUUGCCGGGAGUCCUUCCUGGUGAACUCUGACCUCACUCUGAGGACACAGCUGACCGAGUUCAGAGACCACAAACUGAUUCGGACACGCAAGGGUGUGGAUGGUGUGGAGUGUCUGCUGGUUGCUGUGCCCGCCAGCACACUGAUGGACUACUUGGAGAACGAGGAACAGGACUGAGAAGACCGCUCUUCUGUAAAUUGAACGUACCUUUUUUCACCUUACUAGACAAUUAAAAUGAUAUAAAGUGAAAGUUCCGGCAUGCGUGUUGUGGACAGAUGGAAACAGAACACAAGUUGUUAACAUAUUGCAAACUCAGCUCUUUAAUUACAGAAAUAGACCAAGUUAAAUAUACAUUGUUCAGUUCUUCCAAAGGCAGGCAUUCAACAUUCAAAAAAUGAAAGCCAUCAUUUGGUUGGUCGACAUCUGAGCAUAUUUGAAGUGUAGGCGGCUGUGUGGAUAGGAGAACAAAGGGCCAGAACUAGGUUUCACUGUAAAAUGUCAGCAGAUUUCUGAGGUGGCGAGUCUGGCAGUGUUUCUGGGGAGUCCAGCGUGCAAGUCCUGAGUCGGUUCUGCGUCUCCGUGUGGACGACGCGCAGCUCGUCGGGGUCCAAGUCCCUCAGCAGAAGCAGCACCGCGUCCAGAGUGGUGUGGAUGGUGUGGAGUGUCUGCUGGUUGCUGUGCCCGCCAGCACACUGAUGGACUACUUGGAGAACGAGGAACAGGACUGAGAAGACCGCUCUUCUGUAAAUUGAACGUACCUUUUUUCACCUUACUAGACAAUUAAAAUGAUAUAAAGUGAAAGUUCCGGCAUGCGUGUUGUGGACAGAUGGAAACAGAACACAAGUUGUUAACAUAUUGCAAACUCAGCUCUUUAAUUACAGAAAUAGACCAAGUUAAAUAUACAUUGUUCAGUUCUUCCAAAGGCAGGCAUUCAACAUUCAAAAAAUGAAAGCCAUCAUUUGGUUGGUCGACAUCUGAGCAUAUUUGAAGUGUAGGCGGCUGUGUGGAUAGGAGAACAAAGGGCCAGAACUAGGUUUCACUGUAAAAUGUCAGCAGAUUUCUGAGGUGGCGAGUCUGGCAGUGUUUCUGGGGAGUCCAGCGUGCAAGUCCUGAGUCGGUUCUGCGUCUCCGUGUGGACGACGCGCAGCUCGUCGGGGUCCAAGUCCCUCAGCAGAAGCAGCACCGCGUCCAGAGUGGUGUGGAUGGUGUGGAGUGUCUGCUGGUUGCUGUGCCCGCCAGCACACUGAUGGACUACUUGGAGAACGAGGAACAGGACUGAGAAGACCGCUCUUCUGUAAAUUGAACGUACCUUUUUUCACCUUACUAGACAAUUAAAAUGAUAUAAAGUGAAAGUUCCGGCAUGCGUGUUGUGGACAGAUGGAAACAGAACACAAGUUGUUAACAUAUUGCAAACUCAGCUCUUUAAUUACAGAAAUAGACCAAGUUAAAUAUACAUUGUUCAGUUCUUCCAAAGGCAGGCAUUCAACAUUCAAAAAAUGAAAGCCAUCAUUUGGUUGGUCGACAUCUGAGCAUAUUUGAAGUGUAGGCGGCUGUGUGGAUAGGAGAACAAAGGGCCAGAACUAGGUUUCACUGUAAAAUGUCAGCAGAUUUCUGAGGUGGCGAGUCUGGCAGUGUUUCUGGGGAGUCCAGCGUGCAAGUCCUGAGUCGGUUCUGCGUCUCCGUGUGGACGACGCGCAGCUCGUCGGGGUCCAAGUCCCUCAGCAGAAGCAGCACCGCGUCCAGAGUGAAGCCCGUUGGUAGAGACUGGCUUCUGGGUGGUCUUUAGCGGCGAGCUGAUCUCCUCGCCGACCAAGUGCGCCAAGGCGGUCUCUUCCUCCGUCACCACUGUACACAUGCAGCAAGGAAAGGUGACACCUCAUGUGGUUCUCCAACUUUUUUCACCAAGUAACCACCUUAGAAAACACUUGUAGCGUAGUAGGCCUAAUUAUAUAUUAAAAACAAGGUAUAUUUAACAAGUAUAUUUAAUAUUUUGGCCACGGUGACAUUACGCUCAGUUUGAACAGUAACACUGUUUGAAUGUGGGGAAUAAAACACUGUACUUUAA